CCAUCGACAAUUGAGUUGCGUUUGCAUCUCUUCUUCCUGAGUGUCUGCAGUGGUCAGUGUGUAGCUUUCUGAGUGGCAUUCUCAUCGAUCAAACUCGCUUCAUUCUUCACAUCACACUUGAAAACCUCAACAAAGAUGUUCAAAAAAUUUUCGUUUGAGGAUGUGUCUGCUCAGAAUCAAGUGAAGGCCUCUGUUCAACGAAAAAUUCGACAAAGUAUCGCAGAGGAGUAUCCUGGUUUGGAACCAGUAUUGGAUGAUAUACUUCCUAAGAAGUCCCCUCUUAUAGUUGCUAAAUGUCAGAACCAUCUGAAUCUGGUGCUAGUGAACAAUGUGCCUUUGUUUUUCAGUGUCCGGGAUGGACCAUACAUGCCCACAUUGCGACUUCUCCAUCAAUAUCCAAAUAUAAUGAAGAAACUACAAGUUGACCGUGGUGCAAUAAGAUUUGUGUUGUCGGGUGCAAACAUAAUGUGCCCUGGCCUUACGUCUCCUGGUGGUGCUUUGGAUGAGGAAGUGGAGGCUGAAAGUCCUGUGGCUGUCAUGGCUGAAGGGAAACAGCAUGCUCUUGCUAUUGGCUUUACAAAAAUGUCAGCAAAAGACAUAAAAGCAAUCAACAAGGGAAUUGGGGUUGACAACCUGCAUUAUCUCAAUGAUGGUCUUUGGAAGAUGGAGCGACUCGAUUGAAGAUGCUGUAAGAGUUGUAUACCACCAACGAUGGACGAGCUCUCAUUUUCUGGGUCUAUGAUCUGAUUUUAGAGUCCAUCAUAAAUGUGCUUGGCCACUAAUCUAUUAUACCGGUGUAAACAGUAAAAAAAAAAAAAGAAAAGAAAAGAAUUUUGUUACACAGUACUCCUUUUACGUAGAUUUCAGGUAUGGAAUCCACACUGUUUCUGCGUGUUGAAAGUGCAAAAGUUUUGUACAUUUGCUUAAGAGUAAUGAAAGGAGAUUUUGAAUCAUUGGAA